AGCAGUCUCUGAUCGUUCCUGCUGAUGUGAGUGUCCGCAUGAUAAAACGUCAAACUCUCUUCUCAAACUCAAUGAACACCACAUAGAUGCGGGCAGACAAACGCAAUCUAACACAUUCAAUUUCGGUGUGCUACUUGACAUUCGCGUUUUCGGUUCAUGCUUUCAUCGGCAGUACGGUUUUGUUCGUUGACCUAGUAGGCCUCGCGUAUACGCACGGCCAUAAGCGCGCAGUAGGCUCAGAGUGCUGAACGCACAGUCGACGACGGAACAGUGACGACAGGUGGAUUUUGGGUACGCACUUCCGUCAUAUCGAAAACAACACCAAGAUGAGUGCCGCACUGGCGAUUGUUAUGGUCUUCGUGGGAUGCUGCAGCAAUGUGGUGUUCCUGGAGCUGCUAGUCAAGGUCGAUCCCGGUUCGGGCAACCUAAUCACUUUCCUGCAGUUCCUUUUCAUCGCACUGGAGGGUUUCAUCAAUACGUCCAAAUGUGGCACCGUCAAGCCGCGGAUCGGCCUUCGGGACUACACCAUCCUGGUGGCGAUGUUCUUCGUGGCCAGCGUGUGCAACAACUAUGCUUUCGAUUUCAACAUACCGAUGCCAUUGCACAUGAUCUUCCGGGCAGGAUCGUUGAUAGCCAACAUGAUCAUGGGAAUCGUUAUCUUGCGCAAGCGAUAUGCUUUUUCAAAAUACCUUUCGGUGGGAAUGAUCUCCGCGGGAAUUGUGAUAUGUACCAUAAUCUCCGGUAAGGAAGUCAAGAGUACCCAAACAAUGAUUACCGAAGAGGAAGAGGACCCGAUGACCGUGUUCUUCUGGUGGGCGCUGGGCAUUGCGCUGCUGACGCUAGCCCUUUUCGUCUCCGCUCGGAUGGGAAUCUACCAGGAAGUGCUGUACAAACGUUACGGAAAACACCCGAAGGAAGCCCUGUUCUACACGCAUCUGCUGCCGUUGCCAUUCUUCCUGCUCCUGACCACUAACAUCUGGGAUCAUAUCAAGAUAGCCAACGCCAGUGAGUUGUACGAACUGCCGAUCGUGAACAUCGGAGUUCCAAUCAUGUGGGUGUACCUGUUGGGUAACGUACUGACGCAGUACCUCUGCAUCAGUUCCGUGUACGUUCUGACGACGGAGUGCACUUCGUUGACCGUGACGCUGGUCGUAACGCUUCGCAAGUUCGUCUCGCUCCUGUUCUCUAUCGUAUACUUCAGCAAUCCGUUCACCAUCUACCAUUGGAUCGGAACGAUACUGGUCUUCACGGGAACGAUAAUUUUCACCGAAGUGGUCGACAAAGUGCGACAAGCGAUAGCCCCGUCGAAACAAGCCGUGGCAGUUGGAGACAAAAAGGCGAACUAAAAAUGGCGGUUUGUGAUCAACAGAAGCUGCAGAUGCUUAUACCGUUUGCAAUGGUGCUCCCUAAGGGAUUGUUCAGGGUUGUUUUUUUCCGAAUUUUACGAGUGUAACAAACACCCUAUUUUUAAAUAUUUCACUCGACUUCUGCCUUUGCAAAAAUGGAUAGCAAUAAUUUGAACCACGCACGGAUUGUUUGAAGUUAAGUUUCCAAUUUUCAAACCAAAAUGACGAAUGUCUAGGAGAAGUGAUAGCUACAUGAUGGAAGUUAGAAGAGAACCAUAUACAAAAUGCAAUUGCAAAUUGCGCUCAACCUAGAAGAAUUAGAAGAUGAACAGAUGGCUUAGGAAUAUUACUUUCUAAAAUAAGUGGUAAAUUACGUUUACCUGUUGAUAAGGGACUCACUUCACAAAUACGAAUCACUAUAGGCUACCCAGGUCGAACGAUAUCCACUUACUUUUAACUCACAUACAGCUUACCAUGGUGCUCAGCUGAAGGGCAUCAUACCUCGUUGAGAACGAAGGGCAAUAGCCUGGCCAGUUUCAGUAGUAUUCAUCGUAUCGUACACAAAGUGUUGAACUAGACCAAUAAAACAUUAUUUCCAUAA